AUGAAUUGGGAAGGAACGGAAACGAGAAAAAGAGAGAGAUCAGUGGUUGUGAGUCUUGCCAAGGAGAGCCAUGUAGCGGCGUUCGUUGGCGUCGAGGAUGUCAAAGAGCUCCUCAACUUCGGCUGGGAUCUUCUUGAUUCUUCCGGUGCUGUAGUCUUCGACGAAGUCGUACCAAAUUUUUUCAUCCUUGGCGUAGAGAUCAAAGUUCUUGACAAUGGGCUUUUCCUUGAUUGGGAAGAUGUUGCACUCCUUCAAGCAGUCGGUUUCGGUGCAGCAGAAUUCAGUCUGAAAAAAAUUUGGACGUUUGAUUUGAUCAAUGUGAAACUUACUUUGAAGAUUUCGAUGACUUCCGAUGUUUCCAAUUUUCCAUCCUUGAAAAGUCCGACAGUGUCAGAUCUCAUCACAGCGUCUUCAUCGAUGUACCGCUGA